AGUACUGUCCCAUUUUCAACAGAUAGCGCAGUUGCGAUGACAGGACUCGCGUGUGGCUCUCUUGAGUUUUGUAGCCGGUUAAGUUGAUUUGGCAAGUUCAUUAGGUUUCAUUGUGAUCUGAUGUUGAGCCACCACGUUAUAGCGCAUUUGCUCUAAGGCGUGACUAUAUAAAUUGUUAAAUAAGCUGAUUCACAUUUAUUGAAUGGCUUUAGGGUUAGCUUUGCGCACCUCUUCGGACAGCACCAACACCACCGGCACCACCACACCCUCACUGCUCCGCUGCAGCAGUGGUAUGAUGUUGCGGUUGUUAGCCCUAGGGUUCUUGGGUGUUAUCAUAACACCUGUCGUUUGUAUCCUCCCUGAGAUACAAAAUAACGGUAUUCAUCACAUUCUGGAUUAUAAUUCGUAUCAUGUUGAUGUCGAGACUUCGAUGGACAACAAUGUUGUCGAGACGGUCACGGAGCAUCCUGCCGAGAACAAGCGAGAGGAAUUCGAAGACGCAUCUAAUCAAGUUAACCAGGGUGACCAGAAAAUACAAUCAAACGUUUAUAAUGAAACGGGCUCGGAAAAAGUGGUUGUUGGCAAUCAUUCAGUGCAAAUUUUCGACAAGAUAUUAGACAAUAAUAUUCCCACUGGGGAUACAGAAGAAGACUUUAACAGCCAAGUCGUUCGGGCCAACGGCAAGGAGUGCAUCAUCGCUGAAGACUGUGAGAGGGGAAGGUACUGUUUCUAUGACACACAAAACUCAAAGUGUCUCCCUUGCAAAGCUCUUGAUGUGCCCUGCACCAAGGAUGCGGAGUGCUGUGAUGGGCACAUGUGUGUGUGGGGACAGUGCAGUCCCAACGCUACCAAAGGGGAGGCUGGCAGAAUAUGUCAUUACCAGGGUGACUGCAAUGAAGAUCUUUGUUGUGCUGUUCAUAAAGCUCUGCUAUUUCCAGUCUGCUCAGCCAAGCCCAUUGAGCGUGAGCGCUGCUUAGGCCCCUCAAACCACCUGACGGAAAGGAUGUCCAUAGACGGGAAGGGAGAAGGACCACUGGAGCACUGCCCCUGUGUAGGUGAUCUGCACUGCCAGCCCCUCGGACGCGGCUCCCUGUGUCUUCAGGGACCGAAAUCUAGCGAAGAGGACCUGGCUGACACCCUUUACUCAGAGAUCGACUACAUCGUCUAGACUAUUUUUUCCUAAGAAUUAAAUUGGAUAUUAUUGAGCAGUUCAGAUGCUUGCAAAAUCGGGGACACUGCGAACAUUACUCAUUGAGAAAAUCAAAUCAAUUACAUAUCCCAAGAAUAAGGCACUAAAAACGUUACACCUCCAAGUUAUUACAGGCUGGCUCCUAACACGGAUGUUCAGCACCGAGGCUUGACCAUAUUCACUGCUAGACAAAUUGUAGCAUGCAGUUGCGGCUGUUCCAGGCUUUGGCUCAACAUUCAGUUCCAGGAUGUACUGGGUACCUAUUACUACCUUAUUACAAUGUUAUUGCAGGCUCGUUAGACCCUAUAACCCUAUAACUCAUCAGCCACCAUCACCCACCACCGCAAACACUUUAUAAAAGCUUAUUUGCACUUGUCUUUCUGGCUGUCCACACCAUGUUUAGGCCUUAUGUCAGUGCCUGAUUGCAUCAAAUCAGGAGUGUAAGACACAAGAGCUAUGCAGAAAACAACUAUGGCCUUCAGUCGUGGUGAAAUGUACACUAGAUCAAUUUGUUCUAAUCAGCAUUAUUUGUACAUUGUACAACUCUUGCUUAAUAAAUAUUCAAAAAACA